AUGUCUGGCGCUGAAGCAAUUUUUGGCAUUGCCGCCAGUGGAGCAGGCCUGAUCUCAUUGAGCAUUCAGCUCGUGGAGAGCGCCGCAAAGCUGAAACGGAUGUACCACGCGGCUCGUGAUGCACCUCGAAUAGUUGCCAGACUCCAGCUUGGCCUGGAGACAAUGGCUCUGGCACUACGGCAACUCGAGCAACGUCGACAGCAGGGAAGCGCCAGCGACGUUCUCCUCGCACGCUGUAUCGCCGAAUGCGAAUUGCACACGGCUGAUAUACAGGAGCUUAUCGACAGGAUGGAUGACCGCCUCUCAAGAGACGCUAAGAUAGGCGGUAGGAUAUAUACUGCGUUCAAACAGCGUGAUGUCAAAGAGCUGCUCGACGGGCUGGAAAAGGCCAAAAGUUCGCUCGAACUCGCAUACAUGAUGUACCUGGGCGAGGAACAGAGGCGCCGAGAUCAAGCGCACACCGACUUGCUGGCUCGUCAUGGCUGUUUGAUCAGGAAUCUGCAAGAUCAGCUUUCCGCUGGGACCAUCAGUCUCUCACAACAGUUGACAGUGCUGGGCCAAUCUUCAGUGUUGUCACCGGCACAAACAGAUGCGGUUACAGCAAGCCGUCCUUUCACUGCCAACGACCGUGCCUUGGGGCGCUCUCAUUGGUCCAAGCGAUCAAAGAACAACAAGCCGCGCUUCCAGGUUACUUUUCGACUUCCCUCUUUUCUCAAAGCUCGGAUAUUCGAUAUUGCCGUUAGCCAGGCUCAGUGCGGAUGGUCUAUAUAUUUGCGCACUUUCAAUCAUGUCCCAUACACAUCCCUCAUUUUCCAAUAUUGUCGGACCGGAAAUCUCGAAGGAGUUAGGAGACUCAUUGAGAGCGGCAAAGCAACACUGCUAGAUGCCACAUAUGGCAGUGGGUUCACCGGAGACGAUCGUUGGCGGACGCUCGUUGAGGAUGCUGCGGAAAAUGGACAGCUGGAAGUUUGCAAAUGGCUUCUCAGUCAGACGACUUACCCGGAUCAUGGGAGACGGCUAAGCCAUGCUCUCAGCUGGUAUAGCUUGGUCAACAAUGGAGCAAGUGGAGAAAUGUAUCGAUUAUUUCUGCAGGACCCGGACAUUGAUACGAAUAUGACCGACAACAUUCGACUCGGAGUUGCUCGAAAUAUAUGGUUGCGAUUAUGCGGACGGGUAGAACCGCUGGAAGUUGUACUACAAAAUCAAUUACCAGGAUUUGAUUCUCGCACCUUUGAGGAGAGGUUUGAGCUGGCCUCGCGGCUUACUCGUUUGGAUGCUACAGCCUUUCUGAGGUGUGUCGGGAUGCAGGCAAUGGAUCCGAGACUUGCGCUGCUCAGGAACAACAGUGGCAAAACUGUACUCCACUGCGUUGCAUCGAAAAACCUAGAGAGACACAAGGAUUGGCUCGAUAUUGGACUCGGCGUUUUGAAGAACGGCGCCGACCCUUCGAGGAUUGCUGACGCUUCUAACUAUGGGUCCGAGGAGUGGCAAGUGACACCACUACUUGAUUAUCUACAGGUCCAUAGCUGGAAAUCACCAAGGGACUUCAUACGGAUGCUGCAUCGAGUCCAUACUUGGGCUGAGAUGAUACAGCAAGCAGGGCUGGACCUGUUUCAGUAUGGUGUCCGGGAGAGUGGUAUCUGGAGAGAUCUAGGUGUCCGGGCUCCUGAAAAAAGAGGGGGAUGGGGAGCACAGGUGACAGGACUCAUCUACGGACCAGCGCCAGAAGACUGGAGUUUGACAAUCGUCCAUCAUUGGACAAUUGAUGUGUACAAACUCCAUCUGCUUCCUGGUGCAUUUAGCGACGAACCUCGUCUCCCAGAUAAAAUUGCCUGGGGGCCCACAGAGCUGGAGAGAGACGAAGGCUGCUGGACAAGGAUCGAGAGGAAAAGACGAGUCACCGAAGCUGUGGACCUCAGACAGGUGCCAUUUUACCACAGACAACCCUUUGUCAAUAUCGUGAACGAUUCUCAGGAUGACUCGGGACCCGUCAUGCUUAUGGAAUACAGGGCUUCGCGUGUGACUGGUGGGACUCAAACGAGGUCAUGUAGCCAGCCGCCCUGCCGAGGACAAAGAGCAUUUCCUCGAGUCCGCGACUCUGAUGGUAGAGCCUGGAUCGACUACCAUUUCUGUUUGCUUAACUCGCGCUGGAGGGUUGGUGGUACAGACCGAGUGUUGGAAGGGCCGCCUAUCGCUGACUUUCCAGCUGCUACAUGGGCCGUUGAUGUGAGGAGUUGCCUCAGAGGUGCGUGUUCCGAUACGCCAACUUCGUUUCUGCAAGGAGGGCGCUGGAAAUCCGGAAGCUUCCUGGCCGAGAUCGUGGAGUGUCAAGAUGGAUACCACUCGUUCCCUGAGCAGAACGGCGGAUCAGAAGAAAGCCUGAGACAUGAGGGCACCUGGGAUUGUCCUCAAGGGUGCGGAAACCUCGAUAUUGGUCGGCUGAAUGUACCACUACCCUUGCGGCCCUUCCACCCCCAUCGACGCUAUAUGGACGAAGACGAAGACGACUGA